UACAUGGAGAAUGUGAGAGGAGCUUUGGUCGUAGAAUCCCACCCAAUGCUUUUAGCAUGUGAAAUCUCGCAAGCUUGACGUCACGAUCAACUCCACCCAACGUUCCGAGCUAUCCAGAUAAGUAAACAAAAAUCAACGAUAUUUCUCUGGCGCGCUUUUCGUGUCUCGCCAGUUCAAUCCUUUUAUCCGGCUCACAGAUAUUAGUCUGAGAAAAUGGCGUCCAAAUCGGAGUUCCAGAAUCCCAUCCUGCAUCCUCUGGUGUUCAUCUAUCAGGUAUUGCAGUACCUCAUCGCGAAAGCGCUCUCGCCCAACCCGCCCAAGUCGGACAACGAGCUGGACAGGCCCAAGAUCGCCAUCAUUGGCGCUGGUAUCACAGGCGUCACGUCCGCGGCGCAUUGUGUCGGCCAUGGAUUCGAUGUUGUCAUUUUCGAACGGGGUACCGAGGACAGCGUCGGUGGCAUCUGGACAAAAGUGAACGACACGUCCGGGCUGCAGAUCCACAGUGUCAUGUAUCGCUUCCACCCUUCCGUUCAGUGGCAGGGUGGAUAUCCCGACAAGUCCCAGAUUCUGAAGGCGGUCCGCGAUCUUUGGAGGCGCUACGGUCUCCAGGAUAAGACCAGGUUCAACUUCAAGGUGGAAAAGACAUACCAAGACGAAAAAGGCCGGUGGAUCAUCAACAAUCCUUCCAACGGUCGCUUCGACGGCCUCAUUGCGGCCGUAGGGACAUGUGGUGCCCCCAAGAGGCCGAGCAUGCAGGGCAUGGAGAAGUUCAAGGGCAAGAUUGUCCAUUCGUCGGAGCUCGAUGGAAUCCAGGCAAAGGGAAAGAAAAUGGCCAUUAUUGGCGGUGGCGCCUCCGCCGUUGAGGCCCUCGAGUUCGCUGCCGCCAAAGGCACGGCCAAGACGUCCAUCCUCUCCCGAUCCGACAAAUGGAUCAUCCCGCGCAACAUUUUCGUCGACACUCUUCUGUCCCUCAACAUAUUCGGCCAGGAAACCAUCUUGUCAUUCGUCCCCGAGUUUCUCCUGCGCAAGCUCUUCUACCGCGACCUCGAGUUCCUCGCGCCCAGUGACAAGGGCUUGUUCAUGGACACGCCCAUGGUGAACUCGGACGUGAUGGAGAAGCUGCGUCAGGGGCAAGCCGAAUGGAUACGAGGCGACAUUGUCCAAUUUGAGGCGAAUGGCGUCACGGUCAACCGUCGGGCCAAGGGGGUACCCAAAGGUGGACCGGGCCACGAGACCUUGGUGGAAGCGGACAUUGUCGUGCUGGCCACGGGCUUCAGCCGGCCCUCGCUCUCGUUUCUGCCCGACGACGUCUUUGAGGAGCCGUACGAUCCCCCAAACUGGUACCUGCAGACCUUCCCGCCCCAGCACCCGUCUGUCAGUGCCAUCAACUGCACGUACGUCGCAGCGAUCGGCUCGGUGGGCAACUGGCACAUUGGCAUCUACACGCGCAUCCUACUCAUGUUCCUCGUCGAUCCUCUCACGCGGCCGAGGGGCUUCUGGAUGCGCCGCUGGAUCGACAUGACCAAGGUGCUCAAAAUGUCCAGUCCGACGGGGGCGUUUGACUUUUUUACAUACCUCGAGCUCGUGUGGUGGUUUGUGUUCUGCGUGGCGUUCAACCCGUUCCGGUGGAAGUGGGCGUUAUUUGUGUUCUUUGGCGUCGGCAUGCAUUUACCGGCAAAGAUUGUCGAGGCCGAGAAGUGGCUUCUCAAUGGAAGGGGUCACGAUGUGCGUGAUAAGGGGGUGAGCCUGUAGGGGCGGGGCUUACCCUGUAACACGAGUCGCGAAGCCGUGGGAAAGAAAGACAGAAGCGUGAGGACAAAAUACAGACGAUUGGGAAAGGCAAGUUUUGUGUCGCUGAGCAUCCAGAAUGAUACUCAUAUCCUGUAACCGCUUGAGACUUCAAGCUGAUCAACUUGGGGUCAAGGAUCUGUCAGACGUGUGUCCGUACAACCAACAAGAUCAACAAAUAUCCAGCCAACACAACGGCUUCUGGCACGCUAAGGUAAACCGAGGCAGGAUACAGCUCUCACCAUUAUUAAUGACAGUUUUGUUCAAGCUCGAGUCC